AUGGCAAACGCCGCGUAUUUCGCCAACAGCGAGGCAGACUUGUGGUCUUGUCAGCCACCUAUCAACGAACAAUUUUCGAACAAUUCGUAUUCGCCAGCACGUCAGCAAGUAUAUCCAAGCCAAAAUUACAAUCAAAGGGCCAAUCAGGAUGUUGCAGCUCCGGCUAGCCUUUUGGAGACGCUGUUACGACAUGGCAAAGACGCAGUAGGCCAAGAUUACGUUAAUCCUGGUGAAAACCCGGAAGCAGCAAUAGGAGGCGGACAAAAUAUGUCUAAUAUUUCCUGUCAGUCUACUCCGUACACACCAACAUCCUCGACUGAUAGAAUAUCUCCUGUCGUUGCCUUUGUACCGAACGCUCAAGGUCAAAUUCAACAGCCACAGAUUCAACAGCGACAGAUUCAACAGCGACAGAUUCAACAGCCACAGAUUCAACAGCCACAGAUUCAACAGCCACAGAUUCAACAGCUACAAAUUCAACAGCUACAAAUUCAACAGUCACAUAUUCAACAGUCACAUAUUCAACAGCCACAAAUUCAACAGCCACAAAUUCAAAAUAGAUGCUUUCAAAAUUACCAAGGUUAUCCUACACAACAACAUUGCAACAGCUGCGUAACUGCCUCCACAGUGGUAAGAAACUCGUCCACGAACUAUGGCGUACAACCCAGUUGCCCUGCUUACACGAGUGGUCAUAAUAAUAAGAAACGCAGUCUUAACGAAACUGACGAGUUCGUGGACAAGCGUGCGCGUCAGCAGGUGGACUAUCCGUGGAUGAAGUCUUAUUCUAACGGCGAUGGAAACAGCGUUGGACAGAAACGGACCCGACAAACAUACACUCGGCUCCAAACGCUGGAAUUGGAAAAAGAAUUCUACUAUAAUCGCUACCUCACUCGAAGACGUCGCCUCGAGAUAGCCAAGACUCUCUCUCUAACUGAGCGCCAGAUCAAGAUCUGGUUCCAAAAUCGACGAAUGAAGGCGAAGAAGGAUUGCAAAAUCGUUCACUCCGCAUUAGAAGUGAACUCAGAAGGAAGCAAUUCGCCGAGUCAACAAAAUGCUUCACCCAUCGAUAAGCUGCUGAUCACAAGACCAACCGCCGUAUCAGCCCCGCCAAUGAUACAGCCAGAACAAGCUGUGAUGCCCAUUCAGCCAGAACAAGCUGUGAUGUCCAUUCAGCCAGAACAAGCUGUAAUGCCCAUUCAGCCAAUUGCUGUCGCACAAGACAGGCUCCACGAGGCGUAUUUUCAUUAUCGUUAUCAGCAACAACAGCAACAUAACGAUAUUUGA